UUAUUAUUACUUUGAAAUACUAUGUAGUGAUUGGCUAAAAAAAGUCUUGCCGCUAUCUGUGUAUUUUGGAUGACAAUUGACGUUUUUGACAGUCAAAUCAAACAAAAUGGCUUUGUUGGUUAUGGUGGUGUAUGCCGUCUUCCGUUAGUUUACGUUUUCCUGUUUUUCUUGAUCCAUCGUGUUCGAGGAGUUCGCUUUUUUCCAUCCAUUGGCUCCUCGUUUAUUAAAUUAGUUUAUAUUUGGAUUAUUUCUUAUUUCAUCGUCUUUUGGUAGGCAAGAAGCAACUGAAAUACAAACACCGACUCUGAACGAGUCUCUAAAUUUUGAUAAUAGUCUUCAGGAUAUAAAUGGAUUGAAGGUUCUACUUAAACAUAUAUUAACAAUUAAGGAACAGAACAGAAAAAUUCUAAAUAUUUUGGAGAAAUCAAAACCAUUUAAAAAUUCAGAUUUACCUGAUGACUUCAAAAUAAAAUUGCCAAUAGAAUCCUUACAAGACCUGCAAGAACUAGAGAUAUGUUUGACAGAAGAAGAGAACUUCAACACUUUUAAAUCAAACUGUGCCUCAAUUUCAAACCUGAAAGAUGUUACCCAGAAGAAUAAUAGGAUAUUAAGAUCUCUUUUGACAGAUAAUAUUGCGAAGCAUUUUAAUUACUUCGGUAACAACUGGCGUCAUGACAGAGUAUCAAAUAAGCGACCAUUUAAUUAACUGCGCUUAAACAAAGUGGUUCUAGAUGCGGUAAAACAAGGAACUGACUUUACAACUCAUGAAGUUGAGAACGCUAUUAAGCGCUGGUUAAAACAUGCUCCUAACCGUAACAAGAAAAAUUACUAAUUUGGAAUUGUUUUAAUUUUAGUUUUUUAUUUGAUUAAACAUGCAAAGGUUUUAUAAAGAAUCUGUAGGUGAACGCCAAAUGUGUAGGAGGGUGGCUAAGGAACUUAAAAAUACGAUUGAAGGUCUUAAUAGUAAUUUAAAUCAGGCUUCUUCCCUUGUUAGUAAAACAGUAGUACAUAGUGAUACCGUUAAUAUAAUUUCUAGUACUGAUGUCACUAGAAGUAAUUUAAAUCAGACUUCUUCACUUGUUAGUAAAACAGUAGUAGAUAGUGAUUCCGUUAAUAUAAUUUCUAGUACUGAUGUCACCAACUCUAAAGUUAGUUCUGAAAAUUUAAUUAAUAGUAAUAAUAUUAGUGAAAUUGAAAAUGACACGAGCAUAGAAUCUGACUUUGAAAUGGAUUUAGAGUUAAUAAGUUGUUUAGAUAAUGCAAGUAACUCCAAUAAAUUUCAAAAAAACUCUUACGACUUACAUGGUGAACUAAAGAGAUGGGCAAUUCGUAACAAAGUCACUCAUAGUACAGUAACUGAUCUUCUUCAUGUGUUAGUUCCAGUUCAUCCAGAAUUACCUCUGAGUUCUAAGACUCUUUUGAACACACCAACUACUAUUACCUUAAAAAAAGAACUAACUUCAGGCAGUUAUGUUCAUUUUGGAUUGGAAAAUUAUCUUAAAUUCUAUAUUUCUACAAAUGAUUCAAUAAUUUCAAACGAUAUUCUAAUAUCUUUUAAUAUUGAUGGUUUACCUCUUUUUAAAAGCUCUUCAGUGCAGUUUUGGCCUAUCUUGGGUUUAAUUGUAAAUAGCAGUAUAAAAGUGAAACCAUUCGCUAUAGGUGUUUUUUGUGGAAAUUCUAAACCUAGCCCACUGGCUGAUUAUUUGAAUGACUUUAUUAAUGAUCUUAAAUUUUUACUGGAGAAUGGUCUAACCUUUAAAGAUAAAGAAUAUAGGAUACAUGUUCAUAGUUUCAUUUGUGAUGCUCCAGCUCGAGCCUUUAUAAAAUGUAUAAAAUCGCACAACGGUUAUUCAGGGUGCGAUAAAUGUACUGAAGAAGGAGACUACUUUAAACAUAGGAUGAUUUUUAAUAACAUUUUGGCACCAAGGAGAUCGGAUCAGUCAUUUUUGCUAAAAUCUGAUCAGAAUCAUCAUACUGGAAUUUCACCUUUGGAAGUCUUAAAUAUAGGAUUGGUUUCAAAAUUUCCAAUUGACUAUGCAUUGUUUAUACUUAGGUGUUAUGAAAAAACUUAUUCUCACAUGGAUAUGUGGUGACUUGCGUGUUCGGUUAUGUGGUAGGGAUGUUACAAACAUAUCAGAAAACUUAAUUUUUUAUGGAAAAUUUGUUGUCUCAGAGUUCAAUAGAAAACCUCGGAAGUCUUUCAGAGGUAGCUCGUUUUAAAGCAACAGAAUUUAGAACUCUUUUGCUUUAUUUAGGAGUCCUAGUUUUAAAAAAUAUUGAUAAGGCUAUGUAUGAACACUUUCUUCUAUUGCAUUCUUCUGUUACUAUCCUGUUAUCUAAAAGGCACUUAGCAAAUUUUGGUUGUGAUGUUCCUAGAAAAUUACUGGACUGCUUUAUAACCCAUUCCAAAGACCUGUAUGGAUUAGAGUUUUUAAUUUAUAAUGUUCAUGUAUUGUGUCACUUGAGUGAAGAAGCUCGGUUGUUUGGUCCAUUGGACCAGAUUUCUGCUUUUCCUUUUGAAAACUAUUUAAAUGAAAUAAAAAAGUCAGUGAAAUCGCCUAAUAAAUCAUUAGAACAAUUGUUUUGUCGCCUGACAGAAGCUAAUACUAUAUCAGUAAUUAAUGAUAGUGUCACAAAGAAAUGUGAAAUUCAACAUUUUAAUGGUCCACUGUUACAUUUAUCUUUUAAUUCUACUAAACAGUAUAAUAAGCUUAAAUAUAAUAAUAUUGUGUAUACUGUAGAAGCACAUUCCAAUGUCAACUGUUAUUGUCUAAACAAUGAAUAUUGUGUAAUAAAAAUUAAUAACAUAGUUAAUGCUAAAAAUGAAUAUUUUUUAAUAGGUCAAAAGUUUACAUCUUACGAAUCUUUCUAUAAUUACCCUUUUGAAUCAAAAUCACUUAAUAUUUGCAUCGUAAGUAAACUACUUCAAAAUAUGGAACUUUUUAAUCUCGACAGUAUAAUUACAAAAUGUAUGUUAUUCCCUCUUGAUCCACCCAACAACAGUAAAUGGUUAUCAUUUCCUUUAUUAUAAAGUAAAUAUUUUAGCAUUAUUAUGGAAAAAAAACAAACUUCGGCAGACUUUUACAAAAAUAAAUUUUACUUUUAAUGGAGGAGGGUAUACUUUUGAGAGGGACAUUUAUGAAAAAAAAUUAAAUUCUUUCAAACAUUUAGAAAUGAGCAAUGUAAAAGUACAUUUUUAUUUUUUCGAAUCUAAAAUAAAUUAAAUAAAUAGUAAUAAAUUAAAGUCUUCUAUCAGAUAUUGUCAAAAUUGUAAAGUGGCAACAUAUGGUUUUUAAGGGUGCAUUUAAAUUUAAAAUGGUGGGAAAAUCAAAAUUGUAAACCGUUAAAUUCCUUUCAUAAAUUCUUAACCAAAAUACUUCAUAGAAUACCUCGCAUAUUUUUCCAUGUUGAAUUAAAAUAUCGUUGUCAAAAAUACUUUGAUGAAAUUUGGUGAUAUUUCACUGAAGCGCAAUAACUGUCUUUACAAAGUAAUUUUUAAGAACGAUAUUUUAUUGCAACAUGGACUAAGUAAGAUAGGUAUUCUAUGAAGUAUUUUGGUUAAGAAUUUAUGAAAGGAAUUUAAAUGGUUUGCAUUUUUCGUUUUCAUCCCAUUUUUAACGUAAACGCAUCCUUAAAUUAUUGAUGACUAAUUGUUAAAGUUGUCAUUUCCUUUGAAUUACAUCCCGCCAUGACUAUUUAAACAUAUUAUUUUGAAAAAUUAGCUUGCAUAUAAAAAAAUUAAUAAUUAUCUUGUGUUCUGCCGAAUAUUUGUUUUAAAAUUUUAUUUCGAUAAAAAAAUAUUUGAAAAACAAAACAAAAAUAAAAAUUCCAAUAUUCGAAUGGUCGUAAGUAUUUUUUUUUUUAAUAUAAACACAAGUUUUUAAGGAUAAGUAUAAAAUUUGCAAGAUGUUGAUGUAUAAAAUGUAACAUCUUUAUUUAAAAAUAGUCAAAAAAUUUAAAAAUAAAAAUAUUCUCGAUUAUGUUCAAAUUUUUAAUGAAUUAAAUUUUUUGACUAUUUAAAAAAGUAUGUUUUACACAUCAAUAUUUUGCAAAUUUUAUGAAAAAGAUUAUUAUUAAAAAGUUAUAUUUAUUAAAAAAAAAUACUUAUUUAUGACCAUUCAAAUAUUAUUUUUAAAUAGCCAUGGGGAUGCGAUUCAAGAUUUUCAAAAAGAUACAUUGUCAAGUAUGAUACAUCACUAGAUUUGAAAUUUUGUGAAGAACAAAAUUGUCACAAAAAAAUUAUCUCAUUUCCGGUUAAACCGGAAGUAAUAAUUGAAGCACCGCCAAAAGCUGAAUAUUUAUGUGAUUUCAAAAUAAUCGGUUUAUUAACAAAAAAGUUAUUCACUGUUACCUGAUCUCGUCACCAGGUAUAUCUUAGCCACCCUACCUGCCAUUUGCUUUACAAAGUUUCUUGUAUUUUAUAUCCAUAUGUCAUUUUACAAAGUUUUUUGUAUUUUAUAUAAUAAAAGUUUUGACAGAG